AUGUUUAUUUUUAUUCUUGCUAACAUUUUCGGUCAGUUUUUUUUGAAAGAUCUUACUCUAAGAAUUACCCUACAUCCAUCCUUUUUUGGUCCCCGUAUGCGUGAUUACCUUAAAGCAAAACUAUUGUCAGAUGUAGAGGGGACAUGUUCAGGAAAUUAUGGAUAUAUUAUCUGCGUUUUGGACAGUAAUAAAAUUGAUAUUGGAAAAGGCCGUAUUGUACCAGGAAAAGGUGAAGCAGAGUUUGAAGUAGGCUAUAAAGCAGUAGUAUGGCGUCCAUUUAGAGGAGAGGUUCUUGAUGCUAUUGUUUCUACAGUAAAUAAAAUGGGUUUUUUUGCAGAUGUGGGUCCUUUUUCGAUAUUUGUAUCAAGUCAUUUGAUUCCUUCUGAUCUCAAGUUUGAUCCAACAUCGAAUCCACCUUCUUAUGCCUCAGAGGAUCAAUUGGUUGAAAAAGGUGCUAAAGUUCGGUUAAAAAUUGUUGGAACAAGAAAUGAUGCAACUGAAAUUUUUGCUAUUGGGACAAUUAAAGAAGUAGUUCUAUAUAAAUGGUAG